CAGGUUGUUGCGGUUCCGCAUCCGCUGGGAGUGCGAGGUGGCUCGGCCCCCAGCGGCGGCGGGUAGAGUCGGCUCGGGCGGUGCGGGCCGCACUCACGGAGACCCUCGGCAGACCGGUGGAGGUGGACGGAGAGAGGAGGCCGUCAGAAGUGGCCUUGGCAGCUCAGCCCCGGCGGCGUUCCCUACUCCCCCGAGAACAGCCGGUCCCGCGUGGCACCCCCGGCAUGAGGAACACAAGCAAGGAGCUGCACGGCGCGGCGAGCCGCUAUGCUCCCUGCGACUGGUAUUACGACCUUCCCACGAAGCAGUCCGACAAGCCCGUGGACGUCCCACCGGCCUCCCAGCUCCCGGGCCUCAGUGAUCUGAGGGAGCCUCCCAACAGGCACGUGCCUGGGCUGCAGAGGUAUUGGAUAAAAGACACAGACUCGGAGUACGUGAAGCUCGCGAAGCAAGGCGGCCAGCCCGAUCUGCUGAAGCACGUCGUCCCCGGGACCAGGAAAGGCUCCCCCGUGGCCUACUGCUUGCCGGAUUGGUACAUCCACCACGGCAAGCCGCCCACGGCCGAGCAGAGACCGAUGCCCGCCGUCUCCAUGCCGGAUUACAUGGUUUAUGAAGAGUUUAACCCCGAUCACACCAACAGUAACUACGAGUCCAGAAGAGGGCCUUUUGACCAUGAUGUGAAAACGGUUUGGCAAAGGGAGGCGGAGGAACGUGAAAAGAAGAAAAAGGUGAGGCUCCCAGCCAUUAACUCCAGGUACCCGAGCAAAGUGGGGACCCCGCUCGGCUCCAGAGACCCUGCAGGAGGCAGACUCUCCUUCCCUCCCAUGCCUGGUCAAAAAGCCAGUUCACCCACAAACUUUUCCAAACUUAUCAGCAAUGGGUACAGGGAUGAGUGGCUACAGCAGCGAGCUGACUCAGAGAAGAGGACCCUGCAGACCUCCGGGGCAGGCCCCCCAUCUCCAUCCAUGCAAGAGCCCGAAGGGAGCCAGGACGCGGGGUCGGACCCAGACCUGGAGGCGCCUGGGGGCGCCAAGGACGUUCACGAUGCUCCUCCUCCAAGAGGAACCCCAUCUUCAUCGGCAUCCACGCCAGGAGAGCUCAACUAAACCCCUGCCUACUGCGCACCUAGGAUCAUUCUCUGAUGGCUGAAUAGGAUCUGACUACACAACUAUAUUUUUAGGGCUCCUGCUUUAUUUUAUGAACAUAGAUUCUCACGAGAUAGGGUAUCUUAGAGCCGAUUUGACCUCACAGUUGCACAGAUGGUACACAUGUUGGCCGUUGCUUCCUGCGUCUCCCUGGCCUGGGACGUCCCAGUGUCUCGGAACCACUUCCUCCGCAGCCUGCCAUCAUCUGACCUCCCUGCUCCUCUGUGAGUCUCCGUCGGUGACAUUUCGAUUGAAAUCAACUAUUUAGACUCUACCUAGCAGAAAUUCAAAGUCUUCCUUUACUUGGUCCUGUAAUCUUUGUAGAAAUAAUUUUUCCUGUUUCAAAAAAAUUUAACUCCAGAUUAUUGUGACAUACUUUAUAUUAAGAAAAAGAUGGAUUUAUUAUGCCUUAAGGUUCUAAGCAUUUAAUCUAAAAGCAUGGUGGCACUUGCCGGUUUAAAA